UUGUUAGGCGUUUCUUUCCACGACGAAAUACCACCUCCACUGCUCACCGUCAUUACUCCUAUUGACUCCUAAUGCGCCACUGUAACACGUACACAUAUAUAUAUAAGAGUAGUGACGUUGAGCAGUACGGUGAGCAGUAGUCCGCCGUCAAAGAAAGCCCCUAUCAAUCGAUGGAAGCAACGUAGACUGUUUUUAUACAUUAUUUUGUAAAAAGAAAAAAGUUAGAGUGUUGUGCCCUAGUGUAUAAGGCAAUAGAAACUCAUAUAAAUAAACAAAUAAAAUAAUAAAAAAAAGCAAUAUUGUGCCCGAGGCUUAUACUAAAACAGUGAGAAUAAAUAUAUUUCGCUUGGAUAAAUUUGUGGUUGAGGAAAUAAUGGCAGCAGCCGACUCAUCAACCAACGACAGCCUUUAUCCAAUUGCAGUUUUGAUAGAUGAAUUAUAAAAUGAAAAUUUACGAGUAAGUACAAUAAUUAUUAUUUUUGAAAAUAGUACCAAAGUUUUUUAUGUUUGAAAAAAAAACAGCUUGAUCUUAGUCAGCAAGUAUUUGUAACAGUGAGGUUACAACUACUGCGGUUUUUUUUUAUUAAUUUCAUCAUAUCAGUUGAUCGACAAUUGUUUAAAACGAUUGUUUAAGAUGUAAAUAUGAUAAAGAAUUUAUUUUAUUUCAAUUAAUAAAUAUAUUUUUAUUUUAUAGCUGCGGUUUAAUUCAAUCGAAAAACUUCCAACGAUUGCCUUGGCACUUGGUGCUGAACGUACUCGUAGUGAGUUGAUGCCUUUUUUGAAGUGGACAAUGUAUGAUGGAGAUGAAAUUCAAUUGGCACUCGCUGAACAACUUGUAACAUUCAUACCACUCGUAGGUGGACUUGAUCAUGUUUAUUGUUUAUUGCCACCACUUGAAGCAUUGGCAGCUGUUGAAGAAGCAGUUGUACGUGACAAAGCAGUUGAAUUGUCGCGUAAUAUUGCAAGUCAACACAGUCCAGCAUAUCUUGAAGAUCAUUUUGUUCCAUUGGUAUACAACGUUUGGCAUCUGGUGAUUAAUUUACGUCAAGAACAUCAGCAUGUGUUUUAAUAAGUUUAUGUUAUCCACAUGUAAGUGGUUCUAGUGAUGAGGAAUCACCAGUUAGAAGCGGACGGAAAGAAGAAGGUCCUUUGAGAAAUCAAUCUAUGGGAGAUUCCGAAAUAAAUUCUGGAGAUUCUGAAUAUAUACAUCCAUAAUUAUAGAAUUUUUCUAUCGCUCUAUUUUUUUCUGUUCUUUUUAUGUAUUUUUCAUUUGUAUCGUCUAUAUACAAUAUUGUAUGUUGUAACCAUAUUUAUAUGACUGAAAUGAUAAAUUAUUAUUGAAACCUU